GUGAUUAAACACGACGUUUAAAUCAUUGUCGUUUUGACAUUUGUAGCUACAUUUUUAUGGUGCAAACUUAGUGUUUUUAGAUUAAUUUUUAUAAACAUAAAUACGGAAUUUAUAGUGUACAAUGUUUUGUUAUCUCCAAUACAUAACUUACACUGACUUUUGUCAAUUUCGUAAAAACUAUAAAUCUGAUGAUGAAGCUACUGCUUCUGCUGUUAUAGAAAACAAACGACUUCUAUUUAAUCCUGACUGUUUCAUUGGGAUUAUUCUGGACUAUAUUAUUGAACAUGUUGGCAUACCAAGAGAUCAAAAAGAAAACAUCGACAUGAUUGACGAAAAAAUGAAAUUUUUAAACAUUCAACUAUACAGUCCAAACUAUGAAGGUAUAGAACUAUUUAACAAUAAAAUGGAGUAUUAUUUAGUCUAUAAAGAAAAUCAACAAGUAAUACCUUUCUUAGCACCUGGAACUACUAAAAAUCAGGAAUUUUGCACUAUGAUGAAAAAGAGAAAGGAAAAAAGGAGAUCUUCUACUUUGAGCGCUGCAAGCAAAAACUCAAAAAAAACUAAUGAGGUAUCUCACAAAAGUUACAGAACUGCAUCAGUUGUUCCUUUGAGAUCCAGCAGCAGAAGUCUCGACCAAAAACUUGAAACUAGUAAUAAUAAGAAGGUUUGAUAGUAAGCCGUUCGAAUUUUGUGGUCAAUUAUUCACUAUUAUUAUAUUUUUGCAAUAUAUAAAUUAACCUUUA